AUGACGGACGCGCUCCCACCCCGCGGCUGCAGGGCGGCGGAGGCAGCGGAGGACGGCUACUUUCGGAAGGGAUGUAAUCCUCUGGCUGAGACUGGUCGAAGUAAACUGCAAAAUCAAAGAGCUGUCCUAAACCAACAGAUCUUAAGAGCUGUGAGAAUGAGAGCUGGUGCUGAAAAUCUGUUAAGAGCAACUACUAACAACAAAGUACGAGAGCAGGUACUGCUGGAACUGAGUUUUGUAAAUUCAGACCUGCAGAUCUUAAAGGAGGAACUGGAAGGACUUAAUAUCUCAGUAGAAGUUUAUCAAGACACAGCAGAGACUUUCAGCAUUCCCUUGGUACCUCUUGGCCUGAAGGAAACCAAAGAAGUAGACUUCACACUUCCCCUGAAGGACUUUAUUCUGGAACAUUUCAGUGAGGACAGUUCUGAGUAUGAAGAUGAAAUAGCAGAUCUCAUAGAUCUGAGACAAGCUUGCCGCACUCCCAGCCGAGAUGAAGCUGGCAUCGAGAUGCUGAUAAGCUAUUUCCUUCAACUUGGUUAUGUAGAGAACAGAUUUUUCCCACCCACCAGGCACGUGGGAGUUUUAUUUACAUGGUAUGAUUCCUUCACAGGUGUCCCAGUGUGCCAGCAAAAUCUGCUGCUUGAAAAAGCUAGUAUUUUAUUCAAUAUUGGAGCCCUCUAUACCCAGAUUGGAACAAGAUGCAAUCGCCAGACCCAGGCUGGACUUGAAAAUGCUGUUGAUGCUUUUCAGAGAGCUGCAGGAGUCCUAAGUUACUUAAAGGAGACCUUUACUCACACCCCAAGCUAUGACAUGAGCCCAGCUAUGCUGAAUGUGCUCGUGAAAAUGCUGCUUGCCCAGGCUCAGGAGUGUGUUUUUGAGCAGAUCGGUCUCCCGGGGAUACGCAAUGAGUUUUUCACACUAGUGAAAAUGACACAGGAAGCUGCCAAGGUGGGAGAGGUUUACAUGCUGGUUAGCACUGCAAUGAAUCAGGAACCAGUGAAAGAGAACAUCCCCUACUCCUGGUCUAAGCUGGCACAGAUAAAGUCAGAUCAUUACAAAGCUCUGGCACAUUACUUCGUUGCCACCAUUCUGUGUGACCAUGAACUGCAGGCUGGCGAUGAUGAAGACCAGCAGGAGAAAGCCUUGUCCCAGCUGUAUGACCACAUGCCUGAAGGACUGAUGGCUCUCAGCCUUUUAAAGGACAAAGUCCAGAGAAAACAAUUAGGGAAAGCACAUCUGCGCAAAGCCGUGGUGUGCCAUGAGGAAGCCCUGAGAGUCUGCGGGCUAUGCAAGAAGCUUCGAAACAUUGAUGUUCUCCAGGAGGUUCUGACAGCUGCUCACAAACGCUCGCUGCUCAAAUAUUCUCAGCAGGAGACAGAGGAUGACUUUCUCAGCCUAAUCCAGGCUCCAGACAUCAUUGCUAAAACAGAGCAUAAAAUGGAAAUCCUUGCUCCACAGUUUUCCAAGGUCAAAGUGAAGGACUUCUUUCACAGGCUGGGCCCACUGGCAGUGUUCUCAGCCAAGCAGCGAUGGACAGCUCCACGUUCCAUUCGCAUCCACUGUGAAGCAGGAGAGCUGGGAUUCAGUCUUAAAGGUGGUUCACCUGUGCAGAUCUAUUGUCUUGAUCCAGUUUGUUCUGCAGCAUCAAUGGGCCUGAGGGAAGGUGACUACAUUGUUUCAGUUGGUGGGGUGGAUUGCAAGUGGCUUGGAGUGAAUGAGGUGCUGGAAAAACUGAAGAGCGUGGGAGGACAGCCCAUUGAGAUGGAGGUCAUCAGCUGCCAGGACACAGCAGCCUCUGUGCAUAGUAAGAGUGCAACUUAUUCCAUGGGAAUGCAGAAGACCUACUCCUUAAUCUGUUUAGCCAUGGAAGAGGUUAAGAUUGAUCAGACUAAGAAAACCCCACUGAAACUGCCUUUUCUAAGUUGGGGAACUAAGAAUAGGCAGAAAGCUGCAAGCACCCUCUGCCUUCCUUCAGCUGUGGCUGGAAGUUCCCACAUUAAGAAGAAGCUUUCUCCCUUCACACUUCUCAAUUCAGAAAGUUUAUUGUACUGAAUCUCUCCUCAGGA